GUCAAUGGAAGAAAUAUUCGGAGGUUAAUUACGCCGUAAAUUGACGGUCAACGUCAAUUAUGACCCGACCAACGCGCUGUCUCCUCCUCCUCCACCUUUGCCACCACCGCCGCGGCUUAUUAAAAUCCUCCCGUCCUCGCCUUUAGAAGGCAACGCUCGAUCAUGGAGGAAAUGGCGUGGAUCUCCCCAGCCUUCGCCCCAGAUCAUAACGAGGUCCUUGCCCGCGCCCUGCAGAUAUCACUCUCCGAUGAAUUCCCCGCCGUCGUCGAUGACUACUGCUCCUCCUCCUCCUUCGUCGACGCUCUCCGCCGGCGGAACCCCCUUGCGCCUGCCGCCUCGGAGAGGAUCUCCAAGAAGUCCAAGCGGAAGCCGCGCGGUGGCGCGGGCACGCGCUCGCAGAUCACGUACAUCAGCGCCGACCCGGCCAACUUCCGGGAGAUGGUGCAGCGGGUCACCGGACUGAUCGAUCUCGAGCCGCCGUCGGGCUCGCGGUCGACGGCUCCGAUGGGCUGGCCUGAGCCAGCACAGCCGGCGCUGCCGCAGAUAUUGCUGCCGACACUCGACACGUCGGCCUUGUUUCUUAACCAGUUCGCCGGCGGCGAACUAGGACCGGCGCAGGCUGCGUCCCACCUGGACGACCUGCUGUCGCCGAUAUAUCCGACGUCGCUCGAGUCGUGGGGCGUUAUGUAACAUAUAACAGCCGUGACAAAUGAAAAAAAAUUCACAGCUGCCUGGUUAGGUUGUUUAAUUUGAAGCGUCCGAUGUGGAUCGGAAGGUCGAGAUCGUUCCUCUCUCAAUCCCGUUAUAUUCUCUGAUGUUACAUUUGUGUAACAAUUCUGUCUAAUUGACUCUUUUGAUGAUCGGUGCACUAAUCAAUAUGUAGCCUCA